AUGAUCGGUUUCACCAAGUGUUUGGUGCUUCUCAUUCAUACCAUUGCCAUUCUGGCGACUUCCACAUCCAGUCUCUGUAACCCGUUGAGUACCUCAUCAUGUCCAUCGGAGAAGGCGUUGGCCACCGACGUCGCGUACCAAUUCACGCUGGAGUCAGACGAUUUUGAAGUGACAUCAAUUCCAUCAGGAAUCUCCUAUUCCGACAACGGGGUGACCAUGACCAUCGCUAAGAGGUAUGACAAUCCCACCUUGAUGUCCAAAUUCUAUAUUAUGUUUGGUCGGGUCGAGGUAUCGAUGAAGGCUGGUAAUGGCACUGGAAUCGUGUCCUCGUUCUACCUCCAGUCCAAUGAUUUGGAUGAAAUCGACAUCGAAUUGAUUGGUGGUGACAGCACCCAAUGGCAGUCUAACUAUUUUGUAAAGGGUGACACUACGACUUAUGACCGGGGCGAAUUCCAUGACACUUCUGCCCCUCCACAGAAUGAUUACCAUAACUACACCAUUGACUGGACCAACGAGAAAAUCGUAUGGUACUACGACGGUUCUGCCGUAAGAACCUUGAAAAACGACUCAUCACAAGGCUUCCCUCAAUCUCCCAUGUACUUGAAGUUUGGGAUCUGGGCGGGUGGGGAUCCAUCUAAUGAAGCUGGUACUAUCGAAUGGGCAGGUGGUGAAACUGAUUACUCCCAAGUCCCUUUCUCUAUGCAUAUCAACCAUUUGGAAGUCAGUGACUACUCCACGGGUGAUUCGUACUCUUAUACUGACCAAUCGGGAGACUGGUCUUCGAUUGAAGCUGAUAAUGGUAAGGUUUUGGGAAGACAAAAUAGUGCCAACUUAAAUCCUAGUGUUGGGGAUACUGAAGACUCGGACUCGACAAGUUCGACUGCUUCUAAGACAUCUUCCCAGCUGGCUUCCAAGACUUCCAAGGCAACUUCCACUAAAACAUCUUCCAAGCUGUCCACUGAAGUGUCCUCCACUGAAAUGUCCUUCACUGAAGUGUCUUCCAAAGUGUCUUCCGAAGAAGCCUCUUCUACAGACUCUCAAAGCUCAGCAGAGAUCUCAACGGUCGUCUCUGAAUCCUUAGCUACCGACUCUGAAACUUUAUCUGAUUCUUCAAGAUCAUCAGGUUCAGGCUCUUCAAGCUCCUCAAGCUCCCGAAGUUCAAGUGCUGUACAAACACUAGCUUCGACCGAGUCCACGGAUUCCUCGUCCAGUUCAACAACGCCCUGCAUCGCGUUAAUGGCAAUCAUUGCAUCUUUCUUCGUCUAG